AAUGAGCGUGAUUAAUCCUCAAUUUAAACCAUCUAGAUUUCGAUUAGAAAGCUUAGGACCUGAAUUGGCUUUUAAUCAGACCUACAACCCUGUAUGAAUAUAAUAUUAUGAUAGCGAUUUUGCUAUAUUGGAAGUUAAGACUAUUUAAAUGAUUUAUUGUCAUUAGAAUAGUAGUAAUUAGAGGAACAAAUGAUUGCUUUGAUUACUCAACAAUCUCUUGAUAUGGAGGAGAAAAGUCCUUAGGUGACAACUUUAGCAGAAAAGCAAUAAAAUAAUUAUAAAAAAAAAGUAUGAAAAAUUAUCAUCUAAUUAUUAGAAAGUCUUUGAUAGUGCCGAUUAUUUUAUGUAAUAACAACAGAAAAAAGAUCUAACAAUAGAAUAAAAGUAGGAAGAGUUGUUGUUGACUAAAUAUGCAGCUUCAGAUUUAUAAUUUAAAGCUCCCUUGACAAAGAAAUAAAAGAAAGUGUUUGACUCCGCCGACUACUUCCUUUCACUAUACAAAAAUUGAU